AAUAUUACGCUUCAUAUAUAUUAAUUUUUGAAAAAUUGGCUAUUUCAAAAUGGAUGUUAUAAAUUUGCCGAGAACUUUAAUUACCAUUCGAAAUAUUUCUAUGAUCUUAUAUUUACAAAGGUUGAAUAAUUGUAUGAAUCCAAAUUACAAUUCACAUAUCAAUGACAAAACAAAUUCAUUUGAAAUUAUUAAUUCAUUUGUAACGUAUUUGAAUGAUCAUGAGGUUGAUAAAUUUUCUACAAAUUCUUUAACAUAUUGUUUAAUGAACAAUAAUGUUCUUUACGACAAAAAUAAUGUAAAUAUUAAUUAUAAUCAGAAAUUUAAAAAAAUUUUAUUCGAUCACAUAAUACAUAGUGUGAUUUUCAAUGAAUAUGGAAAUAUUUACGGAUUUUUGGCAUAUCAUGUUCUUAUUUCAAAUAAUGAUGAUUAUUCACUUGAUGUUUUUUUGGAAAAUGUUAAAUUAUCAUUAACUAGCAUGAAAAUAAGAACAAUUAAACUCGAUGAAUUGGUAAUUGAGAGAAUAUUUGAAAAAACAAUUGUUCCACUUUUUCCACAAUUGAGAAAUAAUCUUUCACUCUAUUCAAUGGAUUUAAUUUACUCUCAUGCUGGAUGUCGUUAUUUAUAUUCAUAUACAAAUACCAAUUCAAAAAAAUCUAAACAUAUUCAAAAUGAUUUUUUUGAUAAAUGCCUUGAAAUGGGAUUAGAAAUUCAACAAUUGGCAACUAAUGGAAUCAUUAAAAAAUUAUGGCUAAAAACUUUUGCACUUCCAGCUAUUCUUCAUUAUGUUUAUGUAAAUAAGAAAUAUAUUCAUAAUGUGAAUAUGAUAAAAGAAAUUAUUUCUCAACCAAUUCAUUGGAGUACAGCUUAUGAAUUUUUAUUUUCCUAUCUAAAUAAUUCGGAAGAAUUGUUAAAAAAGGCAAAAGAAACUGAUCCAAAAUAUCAAUACUACUUGGCUGUAUUAAAUUUUAAAAAUGACAGAACAUUAGCAGAACAGGAAUUAAUGGAUAAAUGUGAAUUUUCAAUUGAGACACAAUUGAAUAAUGAAAUUGAUAAUUAUAUCAAUAAUUCUACCAAUUAUAAUUGUUCAAGUUUAAAAAAUUUAGUGCCUUUAGAAAGAAUUCGUAAAGAGCAAUUAAGCAAUAUUCUACACAAAUACUUUCAAUUUAAAAUGGUAACAGAUGAAGAAAUAAAUAAUAAUUUAAUGUUUGAUCGAUAUGAAAUUAGUGGUAAAACAUUUGUUGAUUGUAAAAAAGAAUUGAAUUCUAAAACGGAGAUAAAUUUUUACAAUCAACAUAAUAUUUUAAAUCACAAUGAAAAUACGUAUUGUCUAUCUUUACUCUAUUCCUGCAUUGUUGGCUUCAUUGAAAGAAAUGAUUCACCAAAUAAUUGUCCAAUAAAAUUAUCAAAUAAGAAACAGAUUCAAAUUUUAAUGCAAUUUAAUCAAAUUUAUCAACAAUUUACAACAAAUAGAACUCGUAUUCUUUUGUCUCAAUAUGGAACAACAUUGGAAACAAUAUCACUAAUAUCAUCGUUGCAAAAAAUAUUAAACAAUGAAAAAUUAUAUUUGACGUUAAAAAAUAUUCAUUUAACAAAUAAUGAAACAUUUGAAAAUUUAGGACCUCCCAUACUUUCAGGAAUUGAUCAUGGAUUAGAAAUUCAAUCUAUUCAGAAUAAGAGAGAUAAAUAUAUAAUGGAUCGUUUUAAAUAUACGAUUAAACGUAACUGGCACUAACAGGAAUAAAAAAUAAAUUAAAUAUAUAAUUAUAUGAAUAUAAUUUAAUUACAUUUUUUUAAAAUUAUUUAUGCAUGGAAAAAAAUGAAUACACACGCGAACUUAUGUUUGCUAUCGGAUGUAUGAACAGCUACAUUUUUUGCUAUGGCAUAACGAAAAAGUUUGCUGUGAUAAACAAUAUAAGUUUUAAUUUUUAAGAAUUUAUUGUCACAGCAUACUUUUUUGAUGCUAACUGAUGACGCUGAUGACGCUAACUUAUGUUUGCUCUCGGAUCUAUCAAAAUUAGUAACGACAGCUAAUUUUUUUUACUAUGACAACGAAAAUGUCUGAUGUGAUAAACAAUAUCUUUUUUAAUUUUUAAAAAUUCAUUGUCAUAUCAAACUUUUUUUAACACUAACUGAUAAUGCUAACUUAUGUUUGUUAUCGGAUCUAUCAAAAUUUGUAACCACAGCUAAUUUUUUUUGCUAGGACAAUGAAAAAAGUUUUCUGUGAUAAACUAUAACAAUUUUAAUUUUUUAAAAUUUAUUUUCACAGCAAACUUUUUUGACACUAACUGAUAAUGCUAACUUAUGUUUGUUAUCAGAUCUAUCAAAAUUAGUAACCACAGCUAAUUUGUUUGCUAGGACUACGAAAAAAGUUUGCUGUGAUAAACAAUAUCUUUUUUAAUUUUUUAAACUUGAUUGUCAUAGCAAACUUUGUUGACACUAACUGAUAAUGCUAACUUAUGUUUGUUAUCGGAUCUAUCAAAAUUAGUAACCACAGCUAAUUUUUUUUGCUAGGACAAUGAAAAAAGUUUUCUGUGAUAAACUAUAACAAUUUUAAUUUUUUAAAAUUUAUUUUCACAGCAAACUUUUUUGACACUAACUGAUAAUGCUAACUUAUGUUUGUUAUCAGAUCUAUCAAAAUUAGUAACCACAGCUAAUUUGUUUGCUAGGACUACGAAAAAAGUUUGCUGUGAUAAACAAUAUCUUUUUUAAUUUUUUAAACUUGAUUGUCAUAGCAAACUUUUUUGACACUAACUGAUAAUGCUACCUUAUGUUUGUUAUCGGAUCUAUCAAAAUUAGUAACCACAACUAAUUUUUUUUUGCUAGGACAAUGAAAAAAGUUUGCUGUGAUAAACAAUAACAAUUUUAAUUUUUUAAAAUUUACUGUCACAGCAAACUUGUAUGACACUAACUGAUAAUGCUAACUUAUGUGUGUUAUCGGAUCUAUUAAAAUUAGUAACCACAGCUAAUUUGUUUGCGAGGACAACGAAAAAAGUUUGCUGUGAUAAACAAUAUCUUUUUUAAUUUUUAUAAAUUCAUUGUUAUAGCAAACUUUUUUUAACACUAACUGAUAAUGCUAACUUAUGUUUGUUAUCGGAUCUAUCAAAAUUAGUAACCACAGCUAAUUUUUUUUUGCUAGGACAAUGAAAAAAGUUUGCUGUGAUAAACAAUAACAAUUUUAAUUUUUUUAAAUUUACUGUCACAGCAAACUUUUUUGACCCCAGAGAAAAAUUUGUUCGCUGUUCCUAUAUUAUAUCCAACGUAAUUUGAUGUGACAAUAAAUAGUUCUCUACCACAGCAAACUUUUUUUAUGCGUGUGGAACAAAAUUUCUAAAAUGAUCUAAUAGCAAAAUUUUUUUUUUGAUAACUAUUGUAAAAAAAGGAUUAAAAUAAUUUUUAAUUCGAGAGGUUUCUAUAUUUUACCGCUUAAAAUGUAUAAUAUUAAUAAACUUUUAGUUAUUUUUAAUAAAAAAAAAAAAAAAUUUAUUUCAAGUAAAACAAUUCCAUGAAAAUUGAAAAAAAUAUUUCUUUUUCAAACAGAAGAGUUGUUUUUUUUUUUUUUGCGAAAUUAGAACAUUAAUUUUUUGAGGAAAUUAAAUAUUUGUUUGAACAUUUAUGAUAAAGGUUUUUGCGGCUGCAAAAAAUCAAAUUCUAUUUUUAUCCCCAGAAAAAAAUACCCUCCCUCCUGAGUUGAGUACAUAAGCUCAAUGUAUGAAUGUAAAUAACACAUCAUUCUAGCAUUACGAGUUUCAUAUACUAAAGUAUGAUAUACUAACCACGAUUUCCACAUUUCGUGUUCCGGAAAUGACUUCGCUUUCCGUACUGUUGGAAGUAUGGAAGAUUUUUUGAAAGAGAAAAAAGAGAAAAUAAAACAGUAUCAUCCAGUCGAUGGGAGUAAUAUUAUAGUUAUAAAAGCUAAAAAAAAAACGUAAUUUUAUAUUUAUUUCCGGGACAAAAUAA